GAAGCCGGGAGGGAACUAGGGCGGAAGGGGACCUGGGCCGGGGUUGUGUUCGGAUCCUUGGCGGGGCUGAGGUUCCGAUGUGGUCCCCGGAGCGGGAGGCCGAGGCCCCGGCCGGGGGAGACCCGGCGGGCCUUCUGCCCCCCGAGUGGGAGGAGGAUGAGGAGCGUAUGUCCUUCCUGUUCUCAGCCUUCAAGAGGAGUCGCGAGGUGAACAGCACCGACUGGGACAGCAAGAUGGGCUUCUGGGCGCCGUUGGUGCUGAGCCACAGCCGCCGCCAGGGGGUGGUGCGCCUGCGUCUUCGGGACUUGCAGGAGGCCUUUCAGCGCAAGGGCAGCGUCCCGCUGGGGCUGGCCACGGUGCUGCAGGACCUGCUGCGUCGAGGGGAGCUGCAGCGUGAGUCAGAUUUCAUGGCCAGUGUGGACAGCAGCUGGAUCUCCUGGGGGGUUGGAGUCUUCCUGCUGAAGCCCCUCAAGUGGACUCUUUCUAACAUGCUGGGGGAUAACAAGUUUCCAACUGAGGAGGUACUUGUGGCCGUGGAGCUUCUCAAGGAAAAGGCUGAGGAGGUUUACCGCCUGUACCAGCACUCGCCCCUCUCCUCCCACCCUGUGGUGGCCCUGUCAGAGCUGAGCACCCUCUGUGCUAAUUCCUGCCCAGACGAGAGGACCUUCUACUUGGUGUUGCUGCAACUGCAGAAGGAGAAGAGAGUCACUGUCCUCGAGCAGAAUGGGGAGAAGAUUGUGAAGUUUGCCCGGGGGCCACAUGCCAAGGUGUCUCCUGUCAACGAUGUAGAUGUCGGGGUCUACCAGCUGAUGCAGAGUGAGCAGCUUCUCUCACGAAAGGUGGAGUCCUUAUCCCAGGAAGCCGAGAGGUGUAAAGAGGAAGCCCGCCGGGCAUGCCGAGCAGGAAAGAAGCAGUUGGCACUGAGGUCUCUCAAGGCCAAGCAACGGACAGAGAAACGCAUUGAAGCCCUACAUGCCAAGCUGGACACUGUUCAAGGCAUCCUGGACCGCAUCUAUGCCUCCCAGACAGAUCAGAUGGUUUUCAAUGCCUACCAGGCGGGGGUGGGAGCCCUCAAGCUCUCCAUGAAGGAUGUCACAGUGGAGAAGGCAGAGAGCCUCGUGGAUCAGAUCCAGGAGCUGUGUGACACCCAGGACGAAGUUUCUCAGACUCUGGCUGGUGGGGUAACCAAUGGUUUAGAUUUUGACAGUGAGGAACUGGAGAAGGAAUUGGACAUCCUCCUUCAGGACACCACCAAAGAACCUUUGGACCUGCCUGACAACCCCCACGAGACGCUUUAUACCAACAGUGUGCCUAACCCUAGGAUCUCGGAUGCUGAACUUGAAGCUGAACUUGAGAAACUGUCCUUAUCAGAGGGAGGUUUGGUCCCAAGCAGUAAAUCUCCAAAAAGGCAAUUGGAACCAGCUCUCUAAAGCCAUUGAAGGACCCUCAACGAAGGACCCUCAUGUAAAAGAGAGACCAGCUUUGUGUGUGUACAUAGUAAUUUAAAUGAGAAACAUUCAGAAUUUAUUGGAAGAGGAGGAAGGAGAACCACUGAUGUGUCUGGAUGCUCCCACUUACAACAGGACAGAGAGUUUCUGGAAGCGAUGCUCCAAAGCCUUGCUCCAGCUGGUAUCAUGGACCUGCCUUCUCAUCUUUAUAGUGCCACAAUUUAUACAGUUCUGUGUUUGACCUGUCGUCUCAUAGCCUGCAGUUCUUGCCGUUGGCUCAGUUAGGUUUGUCUUCACCCGCCAGCUAUGUUCCAGCCGAUGAAGGUGAAAGUUGUGCAGCUCUGCCAAAUCAGUCAGUCCUCUCCCAGCCCCGUGAUUUUUGAGAGGGAUUUAUUCUGUUGUAAUGUCUGUUAAACAGCUUAUUCCUGUCCUAUUCUAUUUUCACUGGUGAUGGAAAUGAAAAUCAAAUACAAGAUUUAUUUGGGGGGACUUAAUAGCAGCUGCUUCGUGGAGAAACACACAGUGUACAAGAUUUCUUUCCCAGGGUUGUCAGAUUCUCCAGGUGUUCAGAAAAAGAGGCUAUGCUUGAGUGGCUCAGGGUUCUGACAGCUGGUGGGGGGCUGCUGUGGUUGGUGAACACCGCCUCUUCCAUGGUAUGCAGACGGUCUGCUGUUGGGGAAGGGUUAUUCUUGCUCUUUUAAACGUGAGUGGGGAAAAGCCCAGGUGACUACAGAGCUCCUGAGUUGUCUAAAGCCCAUGUUUUUUAAAGACGCAAAGUUUUUGCUUUGUCCCCAUCAUGGUAAAACUUCCACACAAUAUCAGACCUCCCCUCUUGAGCCUGGCACACACCAACAGACUCCCUGUUUAAAUCUGGAAAGCAUUUUCAUAGACCACUGCUCAGGGUGGGCAUCUGAGCCAGGAUGUGCAAUAGGAGCAGGCGGCUGUGGCCCUCUGCCGGAUCUGCCAUGUGCUUCCCCAGGCCCUGCUUUGCACUGUCCCUGCCCCUCAUGGUCCCAUCUUCCCACUUCCUUUGAUGAGUUGGGGAGGGGCUGUGAGCGGCAGGCAGGAGAGGGUCUGAAUGCUCCGGCAAGGAGGAGAGAAGAUGACUGCCACACUGCCACUCUGCUGCCCAGGUACAAGGAUUCUGCCCGGACCCUUUGCCCUGCCCCUCCUGCUUGGGGUGGAGGAGUUGGCUCCAGGCCAGGAGCUCCAAUCACUGAUCAACGCAUUUCUCUCCCACUCCACCUUGGUAACCGGAAAUGUUGGGGGUGAAGAGAAACAAUCACUAUUUUCUUCUUUUUUAUCUGGUAAAUAAUUAAAAGAGAAAACCCCA